UUGUAUAUCAUCCUUGUUUACGAUUAGGUUCGUCAAGUUUUUUUACGACAAGUAGGACUUCCAAUUAUUGAUUUAAUUGUAAUAUUAAAUCAAACAGUGCCUAAAAAUGUUUAUGUCGUCAAAACUGAAGCACCAUUUGGAUUGUCCACCCGGCGGCGUAUAUAGUCUUCUGUGUGUGUUUAGCUACCAUUACAAUAUGAACGAUUUUGAACACCAAAGUAAAGAUAAAGUCGCGAUAAAGUCAAGUUUGAUGCGCAAAUAAAACUACCCUGGAGGCGUAUUCAGUCAUUACAAAUAUGAUAUUAAUUUGUUAUUAAUCUCAGUAAAUCUCGUUCGCAUACUGGUGCGAGAGCGACGGACUGAGAUUAAUAUUUUUUUUUAUUUGAAUACGCCUUUUGUAAAUACCAUUCAGUGUCGAUACUGUCGGCAAAUAUUGGUCCUCCCUCGACAGCCGUCAACAGCGUCGUAAAAGACAAUCUAUCUCAAUCUUGCCAUCAAUGGAUUUUUGAUGUAAUUUGUUUGUACGAACAGCAACACCACCACUGACCAUUGGUGGAUCUUGUGUCUGUGGAAUAAGGUUUACCUAUUUUUGAUUUAACAGUGUGUACGAUGUUACCUACGACAUAAUAUUUAAUAUACCUACACUAUAACUAAAAUAAUUUUCAAAGAAGUUGUCGUUUCUGAGAUCGAAAUACAAUAAAUGUAAUGGCUUUAAAUAAUUUAAUAAUUCCAAAAUGUAGCGUAUAAAACCAAGCUCUCAUACCAGUAGCACUCUCCCACUCAAAGCAUUCUCAAUUCGUUUUAUGUAUUGUUUUAUCGUGUCUUGGUACCAAAGCAAUACUGACCAAUAAUGAAGUUAUAUAAUCAAGCAUUUAUCCUUAUUUUAUUUAUAGCAAUUUCCUCUCAUGCUUAUGAUGAAUCGGCAUUCUACUUUGAGGAAGAGACGCGAAAUAUGUUAUCAAUAUCAUUUACUCAUACCAACCAAACAAUUUUCAUAGACAUCGACAAUGACAGCAGUGUAAUUUUCAAAGACACUUUAAUAAAAAGUAUACAUGAUCAAAAUCAUUCCGUUAUUUUGGUAAAUGAAGUGCCAGAUUUUAUUUAUGGAGGAAAAAUAAUUAUACUGGAAGAAAACCCUAAUAUUGUCUUUACUGUAAAAUUUCUAAAUACUAAUGUGCUUGAUAGUCCAGUACUGGAGUCAGUGCUAAAAUCACAUUGGUCACCAUUGUUUAUUAUAAGUACCACUGAAGAUAGCGUGUAUAAUUGUGAUGACGGAAAAUUUAAUGAAGAGGCUUUCAAUAACAUUGAAGCAUUUCUUAAUGAUUUAUGGUACAAACAUCGUAUAAUGCAUGCUUUCUUAAAUCUGCCCUAUGUCUGCCCGAACAAAUAUGUUAUUUAUGAUGGCAUGAAAUCAAACGAAGGAGAAUUGUAUAACAGGACCAUUAAAGUUAUUAGAAAAGAACAUUUGCCAGAGCUAAAGUCACGUAAAGCUAUGAUGCUUACUCGAAACUAUCCCCUGAGAGGCAGUAUCUUUUAUCGGUUCCCCACGGCUGUUCAGGAAUGUGAAGGUACCGAUAUCUACAUAAAAACCAGUCAGGAAACCAGUGGCGGUUUUUGUGGAUUGGACGGACUCGUAAUGUCAGAUAUAGUGACACACUUUGAAUUUAAUUUAUCUUUGCCAUCCUUAGGCGCGGACUCCCUCAAGUAUGGAUAUCAGCAGCAGGAUGGAAUUAUAACAGGAAGCUUAGGACAUAUCGUGAGAAGUGAUAUGGAUUUGUCCUUCAACUCGAGGUUCAUGACGAGAUAUACCACGGGGCAACUGCAAUACAUAUUCUUAUAUCCCGUAGCAAGUGACGCUCUUUGCGUUAUUUUGAAACAACCUGAAGUGGAACCUCUUUGGCGGUAUCCUAUCAACGCUUAUAGUUUUCCGCAGUGGCUAUUUAUUCUCGCCUGCCUCACUAGCAUUGGAGUCAUAAUGUGGGCAUUUGCAAAGAUUAAAAAUAAAAUUAAUAAUGCUAGAGCUGCUACACUCUUCUCUUACGUCUUGAACUCUAUAAAUGCUGGUCUGUUUGGCUUCUUUUUUAAACGAAGAAGUAACUUACUUCUGUUUAGAGCUAGCUGCUUGUGUGCUUCAAUUAUGCUGCUCGCGAAAUAUCAGGCAAGUCUUCGACUUUUUAUUUAUUUAUUUAAGGUCGCUUUUUAACAACAAAGGUUAUUUGCGACCACAAGAGAAUUUAUACAUAUAUAUAU